GGAAUCACUAGGGACUGAGGCUGUCUCCAAAACCUCCAGUCAGGUUUUGUAGGAGUUUAAAGCCGCGGAGGCAGAGCUGGGUCUGAGUCUCGAUCACUGGAGUUCUCUCCUUCACUCCUCUCUCCCUCUGACUGGGGCCGGCUGCUUCUGCCUCCUGGCAAAAGACUUGCGCUCUCUUCAGUCUCUGCUCCUCUUCUGACUGAGCCACCUCUGUGAGUCUGCUCCCCGUCCCCCGCGCGCACAGAGACGCCCCUCGUUUUACUCUGCUGUUUUUCUCUUGCCUUUCUGUAUUUCUCCUCGCCGGCGGUAAACCCCACACCCGAAAGCCAAAAUGGAGGCCAUCAAGAAGAAGAUGCAGAUGCUGAAGCUGGACAAGGAGAACGCCAUCGACCGCGCGGAGCAGGCGGAGUCCGACAAGAAGGCAGCGGAGGACAAGUGCAAGCAGAUGGAAGAUGAGCUUAUGGGACUGCAGAAGAAGCUGAAAAGCACUGAGGAUGAGCUGGACAAAUACUCUGAAGAUCUGAAGGAUGCCCAGGAGAAACUGGAGCUGUCGGAGAAGAAGGCCACAGACGCGGAGGGGGAUGUGGCUGCGCUGAACCGCCGGAUCCAGCUGGUGGAAGAGGAGCUGGACCGGGCUCAGGAGCGACUGGCCACCGCGCUGCAGAAGCUGGAGGAGGCCGAGAAGGCAGCUGACGAGAGUGAGAGGGGCAUGAAGGUGAUCGAGAACCGGGCCAUGAAGGACGAGGAGAAGAUGGAGAUCCAGGAGAUGCAGCUGAAGGAGGCCAAGCACAUCGCCGAGGAGGCCGACCGCAAGUACGAGGAGGUGGCGCGUAAGCUGGUGAUUCUGGAGGGAGAACUUGAGAGAGCUGAGGAGCGGGCUGAGGUUGCGGAGCUGAAAUGUAGUGACCUGGAAGAGGAACUGAAAAACGUUACCAACAACCUAAAGUCUCUAGAAGCCCAGUCUGAGAAGUACUCGGAAAAGGAGGACAAGUAUGAAGAGGAAAUCAAGGUUCUCGGCGACAAGCUUAAAGAGGCCGAGACCCGAGCUGAGUUUGCUGAGAGGACAGUUGCCAAACUGGAAAAGACCAUCGAUGACCUGGAAGAAAAGCUAUCAUGUGCCAAAGAGGAGAACUUGGGAAUGCACCAAGUUUUGGAUCAAACACUGCAGGAACUGAACAGCUUAUAAAAAGCAACGACAGCCCACGAAGGAAGAGAGAAAUGAGCGUCAUUCCAUGGAUAUUCAAUUUCAUUCCCCAUUUUCAAGCACCAAAUCUCCCAAUCCCCUCUCCCCAAGAAAAUAGGGUCUAAAAAGUGAAUGUUAUACGUGUAUCUGCAGUGUUUUUUUUUUUAAAGACCAUGCUUUCCUUUUCUUGUCUGUCUCUUUCACAGAACUUUCCAAUUCAUUCUGGUUUUCCCCCCUCCCCCAAACCCUCAGUCAUGAUAACAAAGUUCUGUUUCAUGUUUUUAUCUGGGAAAAAACGAAUUUGUUUGGGAAAAAAACUUAGGUUUACAAAUCCACAAGUUGCAGGCACAGUUCAAACACACCUGGGAUGCGUUGAGCACACGGUGUGAGAAAAGAGGCCAGUUCUUUGAAAGAAGUGAUCGUUUUCAGACUGCGCUGUGAAGAAACCAUCUCAUUGCAGACAGGAGAGCAGAGAACUCAGGAGGAAAGCAGGAGAUGUGGGAAAGGAGUAGGUCUGUGUUGAGCUGGUAAAAAAAACAAGAACCGUCUUUUUUUAAUACUGAUGAAGUCUUACCAAUUUUGUUUGGAUGCUUUUAAAAAUUGUUUUCCAUGUGUUAGUCAAAAUGUGAUAAUGUCAUGCAUUAGUGUUGUAACAACGGUCUUAAUCCAUUUUCAUGGAACAAAAAUGUGAACUUUGUGGUUCAAAGUUGUAUUUGAAGAUCAUUUCAGUCAUCUGUAGCAAGAGCCACCCUUUUUUCUGCUGUUUCAGAUGGUUAAAGUGCCAUUUUCUCAUUUGUUCAAGAAAAUUUGUCUAAAUAUAGGCUUCCCAGUUUGUGGCCCGAGAGCUCCAGCUGUACUUUCCCUUACUUAAUGUAACCCUUAAUGGAGGACAAUUUGCUUAAUUUAGUGUUUUUCCAUUAUUUUCAAUUGCUAAAAAAUGAUCAAGGCCAGAAUAUCAGUUAUAGUCCAAGUGCCAGGUCAAUGAAGGGGAUUAAUUAGGUAAUGAGGAGCUCAGCUGGAGACAAUGGAACCAGCAGGAAUGGGCAGAUCUGGGUUUUGGACUUGUUCCUGAUUUGCUUAACAACCUCCCGGUGUUUUAAUGUAAAAAUAAUCCCAUAAAAAUUACAUUGGCUACAUUAUGGGAUUCCCAGCAGAGCAGCAAAAGAUGCAGUGCCUGUGUACAGGCAAAAGACACAGCCAGUGUAUAUGUUAGAUUGACAUUACUAAUUAACAUUGAGCAUUCCAUUUCUACACUCUUAUUACAGAUUAUUCUGGAUGGAGUGUCUCUGAACCAAAGUAUAUGCAUAGUGCAUUAUUGUACCAGGAAAAAAAACACUCUUCAUUUACGUAUUUUGUCUUAUGAUGCUUUUUUUGUUAACAAAGUGAGGAUGGCCUUCAUGUUCUGGGCCUUAAUACAAGUACCUCACAUUUGCCUCACUAAAUCUGUAUUGAAAUACUUCACUUUCUUAGCUUUAAAUCUAAUAAAUUUUUACAAAACGGUG